CGAACAAGAACCAAGCUGCCAACAACAAUCUUCUUGAGGAAACCAGUAGAAAGCUUGGAUAUUUCUCCUUCUUUUCUUGUUCUAGGACUGAAAUUGAACCCAGAAUUCUUCCCCUUGCAGAGAAAUUUCCAGAUCUACUCUGCUCUGCUCUUCCUCCCCUGUCCGUCGGUUUCUGUUGGGUGCGAAUUUCUGGGCAUUUUUCGGAAGCGAAAUCAAGGACGGGGAAAAACGAGGGGAGUGACAAGUUAGAAGGCUAGCCAUCUUGUAAAUCGAACAUAGAUUUUAGAUAUAAAUCAUGAUCUUGUAAGCUAGACUUUAUUUGGAGAUUUUAUGAUAUCAGAGCAAAUUUUAUACUUUUAUCUUCAGAUUUUGUGAUAUCAGAUUGUGGUAUGAUAAGUUCCAAGCCUUGUGCAUUUGUGGGACCCUCUCAUAAGUGUACGGCAUCUGCCACGUCCCAGAUUUGGGUUCUGAGGCAUGACAGAUUGAGUGGUAUCAAAGCUUAGGUUUAAAUUAAGAGCUUAGGUUUAAAUUAAAAGCUUAGGAUUAAAUUAAGCUUAUACAGAUUGAAUGGUAUCAGAAUUUAGGUUUAAUUAAAUACCUAGGUUUAAUUGAAUAUCUAGGAUUUGUUUAGAACUUGGCUGGCUAGUAGAUUUUAGAACCGUAAUGAGAUGAGUGAUGGAGUUAUAUAAGGGACAAUUCUGAUUUAUGUUGCCUGAAUUUUCUAAUCCAUUUUGAUGAGAUGGUAAUCUGAUUGUUCUUGUUUUCUACCUUCAUACCCUAUGUAGAUUCAUGAAAUUAAUCUUGUCCGCCAUUUUCUUAAGACCUUGUUUUGAAACUUGGUCAUUUUCUAAUAGUCUGCACUUGUUUAGACUUGUUACUUGAAUAGAAUUUUUGUACGCUCUUUUUCCACAAUUGUAAAAUUUGGGGAGUUGUAGAGAUCUUUUGUUAUUGAUUCUGUUGGUCUCUACAGCAUAGUUGGUUGAGAAAUUUGUUUUGUUUGUCACAUGACCAGUGGAAGAUGGGCAAACCCUCUACUUAGUAAGAGAUUCAAGGCUAUUUUAGCAAAUGUUGUGUGUUUUCUAGAUGCGUUUUAGGAGCUAGAUAACUUGGUAAUUUCAUUGCUCAUUGUCUUUCUGAAACUCUUAUAGUGAAAUUUCACUUUUUCCAUUUAGAGCUUCAUGGUCUUUUCAUGUGGCUCAUUCUUCUAUAUUGGUUAAUCAAAAACAGUGAUCAUUCAAUUGAAAUUGCCGUGUUUUUGUGAAGAUUGGCAAGUUGUCAUAAAGUUAAACUCUCUAUUGUUGCUAAUCUCUACAUUCUUGAUACUUGGAAAUUGCUUUAAACUCUUGAAAUCCAUCUUGAAUCUUUCUUGAGAUUGCUUUGUACUUGUUCUUGAAAUUGAAAUCCAAAGGAAAUGGAUAAUGAUUAUUGAAAUCCUCAUUAUCUUGAUACUUGUCUGAAAUUAAUUCUUACACUGUUC